AUGGAAUCCACAAUCUGUUCCAUUCAAAUUCAUGUUCGUCGAACAGGUGAAAUGGUUAAUAUUAAUGUAAUCCCAUCAACGACUAUGUACGAUGAAAUCAUUAGAAAAGUUUGUGAAAGAAUUAAUGAACCAGCAUCGAGUCAUUAUUAUUUAGCAUUAAACUAUGAAGUUGAAUUAAAAAAUGAUGAGAUAUUUCAGUCAUAA